GACCAGCCGUACUACGUCAACGCCAAACAAUACCACCGGAUCCUCAAACGACGCAUUGCCCGGGCCAAGCUCGAGGAAACGUUGAAGAUACAGAGGGUGCGUAAGCCUUACUUGCACGAGUCCAGGCAUAAACACGCCAUGCGCAGACCAAGAGGCCAGGGAGGACGGUUUUUGACAGCUGCAGAAAUUGCC